UGAGCCAACGAAUUGUAUCAGUAUCAAUAGUGAAUAGCAAGAUUAUAAGGAAGAUGUCCAGUAUUUUUACGCAAAUUUUUAAAUGCUUUUUCGUCUUAAAUAUCUUCAUGCCUUUAUGAUAGCAAUUUAGGGUGUUGAUGUGCAAAACUAGAAAUGCUAAAACAUUCUUGGAUGUUUGUUUUCAAAUUAUGAUGGUUAAGCAUUACAAAGCCGGCGUUGUUGCGUAUCAGGAUUAGGAAUGACCUUGUUUAUGUUGUUAGAUUUCUUUAGCCUAUUUUGAACCUUUGUCAGUGAUGUCGUGAUUUAUAUCUAGCAAAUUUGAUCAUCACCUGUUGAUAGUAUUGAUUACAGAAAUGCUUAAAAACUGCAUAUUAAUCUCUGCUGUUGCAAACAAAGGUCUAGCAACUGCCACCAAUGUAGCAGGUUGUUUAAGUAACUUAGCCAUUUCAAGAAAGAUACAUGCACCUUCUUCAUCUAGAAGUAAUGAACUUAAAUCGGCAAACCAUGAACAAUCUGAAAAACUUCCUGAUUUUUCAAAAGUUGUAAUAUGUGGUGGUGGUGUAUUAGGCGCAUCUGUUGCUUAUCAUUUAGCAGAGUUAGGCUGGGGAAAACACACAGUUGUGUUGGAACAAGGGAGGUUGGGGGGUGGAAUGACCUACCAUUCUUCAGGCCUGGUUGGAGUGUUUAAGCCAAGUCGAGCUCAGGUCAGGCUUUGUAAGGAAAGUGUCCAGCUGUACAGUAGCCUAUCUGCCCAAGGAGUCAAUCUUGGAUGGACACAGUGUGGCAGCCUGAACGUAGCCAGAACCAGAGACAGAAUGACACACUUCCGCAGGAUGAAAGCCGCAUCAGUAGCCCUCGGUAUAGAGUGUGAAUUGGUCACUCCAGAACAAGCUCAGAAACUUUGUCCGAUCAUCCAAGUAGACGAUCUGAAGGGAGGACUCUGGAUACCAGGAGAUGGGGUGUGUAACCCGUACGAGAUGUGCAUCUCAUUACUUGAACUGGCCAAGCAGAAAGGUGUACAAGUAUACGAGUUCUGUGGUGUAGACAAGGUGUUGACGGAAGGUGACCGUGUAUCCGGCGUGGAGACCAACCUGGGUGUGAUGGGGUGUGACACGUUCGUAAACUGUGGUGGCUUCUGGGCACGACACAUCGGCCAGAUGAGUGACCCAGUGGUCAAAGUGCCUUUACACCCGGUUGAACAUUACUACCUACACACAAAGCCUAUCGAAGGGUUGGAUCCUUCGACUCCUGUAAUGAGGGAUUUAGACGGUCAGGUGUACUUGAGACAGCAUGAUGGUUGUUUGCUCGCCGGCGGAUUCGAACCUAUCGCCAAACCUGCCUAUGAGGAUGGAAGUGUGCCUUUAGAAGUGAUGGAAGUGGAAUUGGAACUGCCUAUGAAAUUCUUUCAUCCCGAUUUUCCAGAACCAAACAAAAACGAUUCGAUGGUGGAGCGUGUCCUGCCGGAAGACUGGGACCACUUCCAUGUACUGUUGGAGCAGUUGUUACACAGGGUCCCACGUCUUGGUAGCGCAGUCCUGCACAAGCUGACCAAUGGACCAGAGGCAUUCUCUCCUGACUGCAAGUGGAUCAUUGGAGAGGCUCCGGAGCUACGCAACUACCAUGUGGUGGCUGGUAUGAAGACUGUUGGCAUCUCAGCCGCUGGAGGUGUAGGCAGAGCCACAGCUGAACGAAUAAUUACCGGUCUAUUCCCUUACGAUAUGUACGAGCUUGACAUCUGUCGGUUUCUUGGCCUACACAACAACCGAAAGUUUCUACGAGACCGUAGCAGAGAAGCCCCUGGUCUACACUAUGCACUGCACUACCCGUUCAGAGAGUUCCGCACGGGCCGCAACCUUCGUAUGUCUCCCAUCUACCCCAGACUGAGGGAAGCGGGAGCUGUGUUUGGACAAGUCAUGGGUUACGAGAGACCAACAUACUUUGACCCUGACUACGUUGAGGAAGGCAUGACCAAGGAAGGUCAACGACCUUACCGCAUUGCUGAGACAAACACAUUCGCCAAGCCCGACUGGUUUGACUUUGUAGCCAGAGAGUAUGAGGCGUGCCGGGAAACAGUUGGUCUCUGUGACUAUUCAUCAUUCACCAAAAUCGACCUUUCGUCCAAGGGACGGGAGGUGGUGGAUCUUCUGCAGUAUUUGUGUUCCAAUGAUGUGGAUGUCCCAGUAGGCAGCAUCAUACACACUGGGCUGCAGAACAAUAGAGGUGGCUAUGAGAACGACUGCAGCUUGACGAGGCUGUCAGAGAACCAUUACAUGAUGAUUGCACCCACCAUCCAACAGACCAGGUGCAAGACGUGGAUAGAGCGACAUCUCCCAUCAGACAGCUCAGUGUCCCUGUCUGAUGUCACGUCAAUGUUUACAGCUAUAGCCAUCAUCGGACCCUUCACUCGCACAAUGCUGUCAGAACUCACGGACACUGACCUGUCUCCCAAGUCAUUCCCGUUUUUCACUUACAAGGAGUUGGACGUGGGAUUAGCCAAUGGGAUACGCACAAUGAACAUAACCCACACCGGUGAACUGGGAUAUGUUUUGUACAUACCAAAUGAGUUUGCGCUCCAUGUGUACAACAAGCUACUAGAAGUAGGUUCCAAGUACAACAUACAACACGCCGGACACUAUGCCACCAGAGCUCUGAGGAUAGAGAAGUUCUACGCCUACUGGGGCCAGGACCUGGACACUACCACAACACCUCUGGAGUGUGGAAGGUCUUGGCGUGUCAAGUUUGAUAAAGGAGAGUUCAUCGGACGAGACGCUCUGUUGCGUCAGAGGGAGGAAGGGGUGAAGCGGAUGUACGUACAGUUGCUGCUGCAAGACCACGACCCUGACAUUGAACUGUGGGCGUGGGGAGGCGAACCAAUCUUCAGAGACAAUAAGUAUGUGGGUGCUACCACAACUACUGGCUACGGUUUUACACUCAAGCGAAUGGUGUGUCUGGGGUUUGUCCAGAAUUUUGAUGGUAAAGGCGACACACAGGUAGUUACCAAUGAAUAUGUCUUAUCAGGCUCUUACGAAGUAGAUAUCGGUGGCAUCAGGUACCCAGCCAAGGUCAAUCUACACUCACCCAACUUGCCUACCAAGUACCCUGACCAGGAGAGGGAAGGAUACUUCGCCACCAGAGACAAGAUGGUGACGGAGCCAAUUUUGAGGGCGAAUAUUACCAAAUGACCCCGGCCAGUGACGCCAACACGACAACGAUAAGUUCCUUACGUCUGGUGAGCGUUGUCCACUCGUACAAGGACUAGAUUUAAAACUUUUUUCAUAUUACAAGGAUAGGUGUCAUAGCAGGAUGCCAAUCUGGAUAAACAUUGCAGAUGCUAUUGUGAAGUUCAUUUUUAAGGUACAUAAUUUGCCCUAGGUGACAUUAUUUUGAGCUAAAUUUGCCUUUUUGAAGGAUUCUUUUUUGGCUUUAUUCUAAAUUUGAUUCUGAAAUCUCAUAUUUAGUUAUACCUGCUGUUUGCUUACACAAACGAAACCGACGUUUUCGUUAAAAGAAUAAACAUGAUAGAAUCUGAUUAGGUUCAAGUACUAACAUUUUUUUUUAAUUUCCAGGGAAAUUUUCAUAUCUGAUUUUCGUGUGGGAUUAAAAAAUGAUGGGAUUUUUUUAUUUUUCCAUUCUGGCAUUAUGCAUUGUUCAUUAUUGUCAUCGUAGGAAAAGUUCAGGAUGUUGCUAUGAUUGUGAGAGAUGAUUUUUCUGUUGUUUCUGUUUCUAAACUGCCAGCAAACUUGUUGAGAACGAUAAAGUUCCAUUUUUUCAUGUUGGGAGAUUGACAAAAAUUAUAAAUCAGCAGAGUUUGUCCAAAAAUAUGGGAUGUUAACAAAAAUUUUCCACAAAAAAAGUGUGUUUCAAGAAAGAAUUUGCUUUAUUGUUAUUGACUAAUUAUUGUCAAAAAGUAAAAUCAGAAAUUUAUUAAAUGUUUUAUUAUGCACCUACAUUUGCAGAACACAGAAAUCACAAGAAAGAUUCUUUUUGCAAGUAUUUACAUCUAGUCCUUGUAUUAUAUGUGAUAAACCUGUUUUAUAACUUUGAAAAAGUUACUCAAAAGUAUAUAUCAAGUUGCAUAUGGUAUUGAAGAAAAUUUAGUUUUUUAAAGCAUAAUGAAAUUGUGCUGACAAUAUUCAGUUGUUAUUUAGAUUUAUGUCUUAAUAGUAGUUACCCAAUCAAAGUAAAAUUGUAAAAUUAACGCUUUAAAGCUUCUGAAAAUGUAUUUAUUAGUAUUUUGAAAACUAUAACUAUACAGUUUUGGUGUAUAGAUAGAGAUUAAACAAAAUUAAUAGACUUAAUCUUUCUUUCAUUUGUCUAUUUUUUUUACUGAAUAUUUUCCAUGCAAAGUACAUUUUAAUGUAAAUUAAACUACAAACUAUAUUUUCAACAUAGAAAUCAAAUUUACGCACAUGUAAAUAUGACUGAUAACUUUACAAAUCCGUCUUACUUCCAAUUAAAAACAGUUCAGGAACUUAAGUGUUAAUGUUAAAUGUUAGAAGUCUAUUUUAUGUUUGUUGACUACUGUUGAUUAAACUUACACCUCUUCCACUUUGUAGAAGUGAUAUGUUAAGAAGUGCCAAUGUAAAUUUAUGUUAGAUAAAAAAUAUGUUUUUGUAUUACUACAAUGUACUGAUUGAUUUCAAUUUUCAGUAUACUAAGAACAUUAGAGUCGUAUUAUAAUUUCAUUUGUUGUUCCAUUAUACUGAUACUUCUAAUCUAAACUAUGAAAAUCCAUAUAACUAUAAAAUCCAUUGUACCUUUGAAGACUUGAUUAGCGUUUAACAAACGCAAAAUUAAAUAUUUCAUUUUUGUACAGUGUUGUGUUACAAUUCCUUUAAACGAAUAUAAAAAUAUUGUAGCUGUACGUUUUUUAAAGGGAAUGUAAGAAUGUCAGCUUUGAAUAUAUAAAGUCUACUAUAUUACGCAAAUCCUGAAGCAGUUAAAUGGCUAGUAAACCUUUUGAAGUUAGUAAAAGUAGUUUUUACAUUUUGCAGACAAUAAACUAAACGCUUAGUAGUUGUAUGUACAAUACUUGAAAAGGUGCUUGUAAUAUGAUUUUUUAUUUAUGGAUCACCUAGCAAGUUUCAUCUGAUAAUUAUUAAUCUUUUCUCAGCCCAAUAUUUCUUAAUUUGUUUUAAUCUUAAUUUUCAUUCUAGCCUCUCUCAUUUUUGUGGUGAUUAUGUGUUUGAUCACAUUGUUACCUUAAAUGUUACUGUAGUAAUUAAACCAAUAGAACUCAGAAUAAAACUUAAGUUUAUUUAAUCACAACUUUGUAAUUUACUCAUCUAAUUAACUGAAACUAGUUUAAACACAAUUUAAUCUCAUGUCAGAUUUCUGAAUCUGCAUGAUGUUUUCUAGAUGUUCUAUCACUGUUGCAUUUAUUAUAUGAAAUUUUCCUAUAACCAUUAUGUAACAAAGUCAAUUUAAAACUGCAAUAAUAGUUUACCAAUAUAAGUAUCUACUGUCAAUGGUUGAUAGUCCUACUUUUACUUUUGUGCCAGUGUUAUGAUGACAAUGUCUUUUUUGAAGACGUAUAUGUUAACUAUAUUCUCUCAAUUUACUAUCUGAGGUUUGAAUUUGAAUCUAAGAUUUUUCUGCCUAAAAUAGGUUUGUUACCGUUAUUAUCACAGAUGUGGUAUUUUUAUUUAGUAUUUUAGUUCUUAUUUACCCAUAACAAUGCUGCUAAUUUUACAUGCAGAAAGACGAGCCAAGAUUGAGAUUCUUAAAUCAACUGUUAACAAGUUGGUAUUUUCUCAAAUUAUUUUCCUGUAUUUUGGAAGUUUCACUGAGUUACAUAAAAAUAAAAUGUACAAUAACUUUCUAAAAAUACAGGUUACAAAAAUAUAUUUCUUUAGUUUCCUGAAAGGUUUUUGUGAUCUGUUACAUUGUUUUAUGUAGUAGUAUGUUAUAUUUCAUAAGCAACGUUGAUUUACAUGUUCUUUGUAGCCUCUGUGAUUUGUAAUAAUCUAAGUCAAACAAAAAUAAAUUUAUCAAUAAA